AUAAAUUCCAAACAGAAAACAUUCUUCAAUCUCAAAAGUUAUUAGAAUCACUUGAGUGAGCUUUCACUCUCACAUUUUCAAUUUUCAAACUUAGAGAAAAAAGGGGGUCAAAAAAAUGCCUAAGAAAAGUUCCCCUGUUUUCCAAAAAGUUUCUAAUCUAUUAAACAUGUCCAUUUUCCUAGCAAAAAUGAAAAAACCCAUCAUUCCAAGACUAAUUUCUCUCAAAAAAGCGAAAAAAAUGAAGAAAUUUAGCCUACUCAAGCAUUACAACUAUGGGUAUGUUCAAGAAUAUGAAUUUUCUCCUUCAAACACACCAUUACUUCAGUACUAUAGUAGAAAAAAGUCACUCACAAAACAAAGGAGUUACAAAGAUGUUUGCUCUGUUUUAUUUAUUUCGAAGUGUUUGGGAAUGGCGAAUGACGGAGAAGAGAAAAGGAAGUAUCCAGUGUUAGCUUCAAUGGAAGAUGUUAGACAAUUUUCAGAUUUUGGUGAGGAAGAUGAUGAUGAUGAUGAUUAUUCAGUUGAUGAAAGAGCUGACAAGUUUAUUGAAAAGUUUUAUGAAGAUAUUAAAUUGCAAAGGCAAGAAUCACUUUUGGAGCAGUUUAAUGCUAUGGUUGAUAAUUGAUGAAAGCAGCCAAAAUGAGUUUUUUUUUUUUUUUUUUUUUUUUUUUAAAAAAAUUAUUUCUUUGAGUGUGUUUGGUUAUAAGAAGGUGAAUGUUUUCAGGCAAGUUCUCUUUCAUUUUCUUUUUUAGUGGUUUUUUUUUUUUUUUUUUUUUUGCGUGGGUUUAAAUUGGAUUGUGAUGAUAUUCUUUUGAUUUAUUUUUCUGCACAUUGGUUUUAAGUGGCUGUGGGUUUAUGUUGUUUCUUCAUUUUUGUAAUGUAGUUGAUGCUUAAUGAGUUUGUUAGUUGGUUCUUUUAAAGUUUGUCAAUUGAAAUAGAUUACUUUCU